AGCAGAUACAGAUGAAAUGGUAUAAAAGGGCUCCCUGAGCUGAGAUCUUCCAACAGCUUCCUUUGGCUUCAUCUCCUUCACUUCAUUUCUACUCCUCUGAGACUUUGACUCACCUCCACCCAACAAUGGUUGACUGUGGUCCAUCCUGUGCUGUCCCAUCCUGUGCUUCCACCCCCACUGUUGGGUUUGGCUCAGCAGGAGGUCUUGGCUAUGGUGGUCUCGGCCAUGGAUUGGGAGGUCUCGGCUACGGUUUUGGAGGACUCGGCUAUGGAUAUGGAGGCCUGGGCUAUGGAAAUGGAGGUGCUGAAAGAGCAGCCAACCUUGGCAUCCUAGAUGGGAUUAUCCCUAAACCCAUCAACCAGAUCCCACCAGCAGAGGUCGUGGUCCAGCCACCUGCCUGCGUUGUGACCAUCCCAGGGCCCAUCCUCUCUGCCAGCUGUGAGCCUGUGGCUGUUGGAGGCAACACUCCAUGUGCCGUUGGUGGUUCCGGGAUCGUAGGAGGCUUUGGGGGCUUGGGCUAUGGGUCUGGUCUCCUUGGAAGCUCUGGGGGCUUCGGCUAUGGUUUGGGUUACGGGAGGGGAGCACUCCUUGGAAGGAAGUUCGGGCGCCAUUUUAGCAUCUGUUCAUAGACCAAUUAAACCUGAGAAGCAUAUCCUGAACUGAUAAUCAGAGGGCUUGAUACAGAUCUAUCGGCCAUGGUUCAGAAAAGCUGAACUCAAGCAAUCGCUCCUGGAAUUCAUCCUCCGUUCUUUGCUUCAGAGUGCAGAAGAAAAAAGAUCCUUCUACACCGAUUUUCUUCUUUGCCCCUUUCAAUGCUCUUACUUUGACCUUUUCAAUAAAGCUUGUUCUGCAUUCUAAUAA